GAAGGCGAGCCGAUUGAAGAAGAAAGGAAUCAAUUGGUUGUACAUCUUUUGUGAACUUGUGUGACAGUUCGUGAAGGGGGAGCACGAUGAUGCUCGGGGGUUACGAGACGCAGCCGGAUUACUAUCCGCAGUGGCAUCAACCCUAUAAUUAUGUUACGCAAUUACCCUACGGCCCGCUGAACGUUCCGGACGCGGACAGCCAAUCGACGUACUGGGGUGCGGAUUCUGGGAUCUCCGGGGGUAGUUCCGGCGCGGGGAGUCCUACCGCCUCUACACCACCCCUGAUCGAAGAAAUCGGUGUCCAGGAGACCACCGCCGGUUACUCCCCUCUACAGCAAUACGCUCAUCCCUCGGUCAACCAGCACUACCAGAACCUUUCCUAUCCGGCCCAACAAGAGCUCUCCCAUCAUCACCUGCAUCACCAUCAUCAUCAUCAUCAUCAACCGAGUGACAGAAGGGAUGCUGAGUACACAACGGUCUCGUCGAUGAACCAGGUCGACGGCACCUUUCAGCAACACCUUCGACAGGGGACGAGGGAGGGUGGCUUAGUGGUCCGGCCGAAGAGGCGAAACACCGCGAACAAGAAAGAACGAAGACGAACCCAGAGCAUAAACAACGCGUUCGCGGAUCUACGUGAUUGCAUACCGAACGUACCGGCGGACACGAAACUGUCGAAGAUCAAGACGCUUAGGCUUGCUGCAUCCUACAUCGGCUACCUGAUGGCGGUCCUCGACAGCGACGAGGGCGAGGAACCACAGACAUUCCGCGCGGAGAUCCUCUCGAACGGCCGGAGGAACAAAACGACUCAAUUGAAUCAGAACGAGUCGUGUUUUCAUUCCGCGUCGAGUCUCAUGCCCGAGGAAUCGUCAAAGGGCAAAGGACGAACCGGAUGGCCCCAGCAUAUGUGGGCCCUCGAAUUGAAGCAGGAAUCGCAGGCCAGUCAGAUACAAUAA